CUUCCCACCUGCACUCGCAGGCCGUCACUUCUCUCUCCCCCCCAGCAACAUGGCCUCCCCUGCACUCAUCACUCCGACUUCCACUCCCAAAUCUCUCUCUUCCUCCAGGCCCAAAUCCCCCAUCAUCGCCGCCGCCUCCUCCUCCUCCUCCACACCCCCAGCGACGACCGCCGCUCAGCCCCUCCGCCGUGAAUUCCUCUCCAUCACUUCCUCCAUCGUGUCCAGUUUAUGCCUCAACCCUCUGCUGCCAGCACUAGCUGCUUCGGACGAGGAAUAUGUGAAGGAGACGGAGGAGGUGAUCGACAAGGUCAGGACCACCAUUACAAUGGACAAGAACGACCCCAACGUGGCAGAAGCGGUGGCUCAGUUGAGAGAGACCUCCAAUUCCUGGGUGGCCAAGUACAGGAGGGAGAAGGCUCUCCUGGGCAGGGCUUCGUUCCGUGACAUGUACUCCGCACUCAACGCGAUUUCGGGGCACUAUAUCAGUUUCGGACCCACUGCUCCUAUUCCCGCAAAACGCAAGGCCAGGAUCUUGGAGGAGAUCGACACUGCUCAGAAAUCUCUGCAAAGGGGAAGGUGAACUUCAUUCCUCCCCAAUUAUCCAUUGGAUUCCCUCUCUGCUUCGUCUAGGUUUUUGUAUUAUUGCAUCCACUACUCGAAUCGAAUCAUAGUAAGAGGAUCAUUUUCAGGAGAGGCGACUUUGCAGUUCUUCUUGUAAUUACAUAUGUAUGUUUUUGGGGGGGGGGGGGUUUCCAUUGACGUGAAAUUAAUCCAUGUCAUUCUUACCCUCGAUUUUGAUUUCACAAUGUUCAUUUUGUUAAGACGCUUUCUCUUCUUCAAUCUUCCCCGAUGCACGGAGUACUUGUUUAUCUUCUUGUGACGGUAAGUAAUAACAUAUAGUCACAAUGCUCCUCA